UGGCAGGUCAGAGCUACACGGUCGGUUUUGUUGCGCGCUCAGGAAGCGUGUAAAUGCAAAGCGCUCUAAAAAUAAUACACUUUCAGCGAGUGUCGUUUUUAUUUUAUUUCAUUUUUUCCAACGCGCAUCAGCGUGUAGAGUAAAAGUAUUGCAGGAGAGCAGAACUACAGUCAGCGCAAGAUGUUUGCCGGGUUGCCUGAGCUCGGGAUUUCCAAUGGCGAAGAUCUGAAGGAAACUUUGACGAACUGCACUGAGCCUCUGAAAGCUAUUGACCAGUUUCAGACGGAGAAUGGUAUAUUGUUACCGACGCUGCAGUCUGCGCUUCCUUUCCUUGAUCUUCACGGCACUCCUCGCCUGGAGUUUCACCAGUCUGUGUUUGACGAGCUCCGGGAGAAGCUGAUGGAGCGAGUUGCUGUCAUUGCUGAAGGCAAAGAUGAGGACAGAUACCACAAGCUGGAGGAACUUCUAGACAAGAGCUUUCCGCUGGUCAAAAUGCCGUCCAUUCAGCCGGUGGUCAUGCAGGUUAUGAAACAUUUACCAAAGGUUCCAGAGAAGAAGCUGAAGCAGGUGAUGGCUGAUAAGGAGCUGUAUAAAGUCUGUGCCGUGGAGGUAAAGAGGCAGAUCUGGCAAGAUAACCAGGCUCUGUUUGGUGAUGAGGUCUCUCCUUUGCUCAAGCAGUACAUUGUGGAGAAAGAGUCUGCGCUCUUCAGCAGCGACCUCUCCUUCCUGCAUAACUUCUUCAGCCCUUCUCCUAAAACCCGGCGACAGGGAGAGGUUGUACAAAAGCUCACCCAGAUGAUCGGGAAGAACGUCAAGCUGUACGACAUGGUGCUGCAAUUCCUCAGGACACUUUUCCUGCGCACACGGAACGUGCACUACUGCACCCUGCGCGCCGAGCUCCUCAUGUCCCUGCACGAUCUGGACGUCAGCGAGAUCUGCUCCGUCGACCCCUGCCACAAGUUCACCUGGUGCUUGGACGCCUGCAUCAGAGAAAAGUUUGUUGAUGCCAAGCGUGCCCGAGAGCUGCAGGGUUUCUUGGACAGUAUGAAGAAAGGCCAGGAGCAAGUGCUGGGGGACCUCUCUAUGAUCCUGUGUGAUCCGUUUGCAAGUAACACACUUGUCCUGAGCACAGUGAGGAACCUGCAGGAGCUGCUCAGCCAGGAUGCCCUGCCCAGAGAGAGUCCAGACCUACUGCUACUCCUCAGGAUGCUCUGUCUCGGUCAGGGAGCCUGGGACAUGAUUGACAGUCAAGUGUUCAAAGAGCCACGCCUGGAAUUGGAAGUUGUUACACGUUUCCUGCCAGCAAUGAUGUCCAUAGUGGUGGACGAUUACACAUUCACUGUAGAACAGAAGCUCCCCAGUGAAGAGAAGAGCUCCCUCACUUACCCCAAUACCCUCCCUGACACCUUCACCAGAUAUCUGCAGGAAAACAGAGUUGCGUGUGAGAUGGGUCUGUAUUAUGUUCUCCAUAUCGCUAAGCAGAGGAAUAAGAAUGCUCUACAGAGGUUGCUUCCUGCUCUGGUUGAGACAUACAAUGAUAUGGCAUUUGGAGACAUUUUUCUUCAUCUCCUUACCGGCCAUGUGACUCUUCUAUCUGAUGAGUUCGGCAACGAGGAGUUCUGCACGUCUGUCUUUGACAACUUCCUGCUCACAUCCUCCUCCAGCAAGGAGAAUGUGCACAGACACACACUACGCUUGUUGAACCAUCUUCACCAGAAAGUGCACUCAUCCUCCAUGGAAGCACUGAUGAAAACACUCGAGCCACCCAAGCAGAGCAGUGAGCCGUUAAAAGAGCUCUACACACAGUUGCUGGAAAAGAUCGAGGCGUCUAAACAAAGUCCACCUGAACCCGAGGAAGCUCCGAGCCUGGACCUGGGACUGCACCCAGUCAGCGUCCCCUCCACGCCCACCACUCCUCUCUGAUCCUCACAGUCCUGCAGAGACUGACGGAGAAGCAGCUGCAUUUCAGUAGCGUAAUUUGUUCGUUUCGCUUUUUUUCUUAUCCUGAGGUCGUUUUAAAAAAACACGUGGUCCAGAAUGGCACCGCUGAGGACUAGAGCUUUUGUUAUGACUGAGUAUUUUAACAUGUGGUUUGGUUUCAUUGUUGUAUCAGUUAAAAGUGAUUAUGUAUAUGUACAGUACCGUUGUGACUGACUGUAUGGUGUAUGGAUUGUUUGUAGCCAAGCCCAGUUGUAAAUAAAUAAAAAUGUAAAAUUAUCUUAA